AUGGAUAUGGGCUUUUUGGCCAUAACGCUAUAUCUUGCCAGCGCCAGCAACCCCAUGACAUCGACCUCGAUGGACCAGGAGCCAGUAAGCAGUGUCAAAGGAGAAGUAGACACAGCCUCGAGAGCUGUGACCGCAGAGGCGUUCAGAGAGAAGUUCCGAGAGAUGAGUAAUGAGAGAGGCUUUGAAAAUGUAGAACUGGGAGUCAUAAGAAAAAAGAAAGUCCCAAGGAGAGUCAUUCAAUUUGUUAAUGGUAAAACAAUGGAGGAGUACAGCACUGACGAGGAUAAAGUUGACAGCCCAAAGAAGAAAGAUGUUUUACCUACUGUUGAUCCAACAAAACUUACCUGGGGCCCCUACUUAUGGUUUUACAUGCUUCAGGCUACAACAUCAACCCUCUCGGUGUCUGACUUUCUUAGAGAGAAGAUUGCUUCUGUUUUGGGUAUCAGCAUUCCAAAAUAUCAAUAUGCAAUUGAUGAGUAUUACUGGAUGAAGAAGGAGAAAGAGGAAGAGGAAGAGGAAGAAGAAGAAGAAGGAGGAGGAGGAGGAGGAGGAAACAGGAUGUCUGAAGAAGCAGAAAGAAAAUAUCAAGAACAACAGAAUAAGCUGCAGGCUAAUUCCAUUGUUCAGACAGAUCAACCAGAAACAGUUGUUUCCAGUUCAUUUGUGAACCUCAAUUUUGAAAUGGAGGGAGACUGUGAAAUAAUUAUGGAAAGCAAACAAAAGCCAGUCUCUGUCCCACCAUAG